UCCAUCUGUAGAAAAGGCUGCUAGUCCUGCACUGAUCUCCUGGAAGACACCUGCACACAGAGUAUUUCUACCAGGAAUACCAUCUUCAAAGAACUAUUCAGACAUUUACAUUAAAAAUAUUCACCGAGAAGACAAAUUUGCAUAUAUUAUUAUAAUUUAAAGCUUAGAUCUCUUCCACACUACUCAUCCAGGAUAAACAUAUGGUUUACUAUUCUAUAUGCUUAGCUUUAUAUCAUGUUCAACUCAGUUGGGUUGCCAACCCUCCGGUAACUUAAAGUUAAGUAGAUUUUUGAAGGCUUCUUGUUUUUGUCUUCUCAGUGAGCUAUUUACACCGGCUUAUUUUAAGGUUUUUAAGUAUUUUUCCCCCUUUGGAAUUUUAAUUUACUGUAAGUGCUUAUCCCUUAAAACAUUUCCUAGUACCAUUCUAUUCCUGACCCUUUUGAAUACAAAAUCCUUGAUAAAGACAUUAGAAGGUUUGGGCUGGGGGGAGAUACUGAGAAGCUUCUAAAUAGACCUCUUGAGUUUCGUCAUCUAGAUGCUGAGGGUGGUCUCUUUGUUAAGAAUUUGGCCGUCCAGACCUUAAGGCCACACAAUUAAUAUUCCCUCAGGAGUCGUAGGUCCUCUCUUGGAAAGAGUUGUCCAGUUUUCAAGCCAUGUUAGGUAAUUUCCCGCCCAGGAGCAUGGCCUGAAAAGAAUGUCGGCGUUUCCCUUCAGGUAUAGGUGCCUGGGGGUGAGGGGGAGAGGGAACGGCGAGGGGUGGAGUGGGAGCGAGUGAUCGACAGGGAUAGAAACGGUGUCUCCUCCUCCCUCUGAAUGCGAAAUAGCCAAUGAGGUGGCGCGGCCCGGCCGGCCGGGCCGCCAGUGCCAUAUAGUAUGCAGCAACCGGAGGAGUCACGUUGGGGGAACGGCAGAAAGCAGCUAUCCGUUUACACUACUUUGCUCUAGCAGCUAUCUUAAUGAUUGCAAGUGCGGCGGACAUCAAGCAGGAGAAUGGGAUGGAAAGCGCCUCGGAAGGGCAGGAGGCGCACCAAGAAGUGGCGGGGGGCGCGGCGGUGGGGCUGAGCCCCCCGGCUCCAGCUCCUUUCUCCCUGGAGCCGGGGGACGCCGCGGCCGCCGCCGCCGGGGUGAGCGGAGAGGAAGGGGCGGCGGCGGCGGCCGGCGCGGCGGCGGAUCAGGUACAACUCCACUCGGAACUUCUGGGCAGGCACCACGCCGCCGCCGCCGCGCAGACCCCGCUGGCCUUCUCGCCCGACCAUGUCGCCUGCGUGUGCGAGGCACUGCAGCAGGGGGGCAACCUGGACCGCCUGGCCCGGUUCCUGUGGUCCCUGCCCCAGAGCGACCUGCUACGUGGCAACGAGAGCCUGCUGAAGGCGCGGGCGCUCGUGGCCUUCCACCAGGGCAUCUACCCCGAGCUCUACAGCAUCCUCGAGAGCCACAGCUUCGAGUCGGCCAACCACCCGCUGCUGCAGCAGCUCUGGUACAAGGCGCGCUACACCGAGGCCGAGCGAGCCCGCGGCCGGCCGCUGGGCGCCGUGGACAAGUACCGGCUGCGCAGGAAAUUCCCCCUGCCCCGCACCAUCUGGGACGGCGAGGAGACGGUGUAUUGUUUCAAGGAGAAGUCGCGCAACGCGCUCAAGGAGCUCUACAAGCAGAAUCGCUACCCUUCGCCCGCUGAGAAGCGGCACCUGGCCAAGAUCACCGGCCUCUCCCUCACUCAGGUCAGCAACUGGUUCAAGAACCGGCGACAGCGCGACCGGAACCCCUCCGAGACCCAGUCCAAAAGUGAGUCAGAUGGCAAUCCCAGCACUGAGGAUGAAUCCAGCAAGGGACAUGAGGAUUUGUCUCCUCACCCACUCUCCAGUUCAUCCGAUGGUGUCACCAACCUCAGCCUUUCCAGUCAUAUGGAGCCAGUAUAUAUGCAACAAAUUGGAAAUGCUAAGAUAUCAUUAAGCUCUUCUGGAGUUUUGUUGAAUGGAAGCUUGGUACCUGCAAGUACUUCACCUGUCUUCCUUAAUGGUAAUUCUUUUAUUCAGGGACCCAGUGGAGUUAUCCUUAAUGGAUUAAAUGUGGGAAAUACACAGACAGUGUCAUUGAACCCACCAAAAAUGUCAUCAAACAUUGUGAGCAAUGGUAUAUCCAUGACUGACAUACUGGGAUCUACCUCCCAGGAUGUGAAGGAAUUCAAAGUCCUCCAGAGUUCUGCAGCUAACUCAGCAGCUACCACCUCCUACAGCCCCAGUGCCCCUGUGUCAUUCCCAGGGCUGAUACCCAGCACUGAGGUGAAAAGAGAAGACAUUCAAACAGCAGCUUCCCAGGAUGGGGGCUCUGUAGUGACUUUUACUACACCAGUGCAAAUUAACCAGUAUGGCAUUGUCCAGAUCCCCAAUUCCGGAGCAAAUGGCCAGUUCCUUAAUGGGAGCAUUGGAUUCUCUCCACUGCAGCUGCCUCCUGUCUCAGUGGCAGCUUCACAAGGUAAUAUUUCAGUAAAUUCAAGCACUUCAGAUGGGAGCACAUUUACAAGUGAGUCUGCCACAGCCCAGCAAGGAAAGGUUUUCUUGAGCUCUCUUGCUCCCAGUGCAGUGGUAUACACUGUUCCUAAUUCAGGCCAGACUAUAGGAUCCGUGAAACAGGAAGGCUUGGAGAGGAGCCUAGUAUUUUCUCAGUUGAUGCCUGUCAAUCAGAAUCCACAAGUAAAUGCAAACCUGUCUUCUGAAAAUAUCUCGGGCAGCGGCCUUCAUGCACUGGCCUCCUCACUAGUUAAUGUAUCACCAACUCACAAUUUUUCCCUGACUCCCCCUACACUGCUAAAUCCCACUGAGCUAAACCCUGACAUUGCCGAUAGUCAGCCAAUGUCUGCACCUGUGGCAAGCAAAUCUACUGUGACAUCUGUCAGCAACACUAACUAUGCAACUCUUCAGAACUGCUCCCUUAUUACUGGUCAAGACCUAUUGUCAGUCCCUCUGACUCAGGCUGCCCUUGGAGAAAUAGUUCCUACAACUGAAGACCAGGUAGGUCACCCCUCCCCAUCAGUACACCAGGAUUUUGUCAGAGAACAUAGUUUGGUUCUACAAUCAGUAGCUAACAUAAAAGAAAAUUUCUUACCAAAUUCUGAAAGCAAAACAACCAGUAGCUUAAUGAUGCUGGACUCCAAAUCCAAGUAUGUCCUAGAUGAUAUGGUUGAGACUGUCUGUGAAGACCUGGAAACAGACAAAAAAGAGCUUGCCAAGCUCCAAACUGUCCAGUUAGAUGAAGAUAUGCAAGACUUAUAAAUUUUAUUUCCUCCCUCUGCCUUUUUUUUUUUUUGGCAUCAGCAAAUCUUUCCAUGAAGCCCCAAGGACAUAAAGCAUUUUCCCAUUUAAAGGAAAACACUCUUCUUUUACAAAUAAAUGCAUUCAGAGAGACAUUAGGUUGAUCUACAUGAAGAUCACAGUUUAAUAAUACAGAAAUAGAACUGCAUUACUGCAGCCUUUUUGUUCACAUGUGAUAUUCUCUUUUAAAUAGAUAGAGACAAAGGAUCAAGAUGAACUGUAUCACAUCAAAAUGUAUCAUUUAGUUGACUUAAUAUAAUUCUAAGGUCAAAAUGGAACUUGAUAGUUUUUUUAAUUAAAAAUGUAUACAUAUAACAUAGAAAAUGAAAUAUAGCUGCAGACCAUUAGAAACAAUGUAAUUAUUUUUGUUUACCUUUACUCCAUGGGCAUUGAUAAGGUUAAGAAGCAUAAAUGGUACUCCAGACUAUGCUAAGGGUGUAUUUUUGAAGUUAAGUAGCUUAAAUAUAUAUAUUACAUGUAAAUAUAUAUAUUUAAGCUACUUAUAUACACACACACACACAUACAUUUUCAGCAUUUUUGAGAGUCUUGGUUUAAGUCUCUACACAUUUCCAAAUGUGAUUGCUAAUAGUUCAGUAUGGCUGAGAAAGUUUGAAACUCCACUAAAACCUCUGAAACAAACUUCAGCAUGAAUGUAAAUAUAUCAGUUCUAUAAGCACGAUUUGAGUACAGUGAAUUUUAUUUAUACUGUAUAUGUUUCUCUUAUACUUCAGGCGCUAUGAACUGAAAAGAAAAAUGUUUUCUUACUGUUUAAUUUAUUUUUAUUGUUUGAACAGGAAGUGAACGUAGUUGUUUCCAACAAAGUUUUACUUUUUGUAGGAUUUUAAAAGUAAAAUGAUUUUUAUCAGGAGUAAACUAAGGUCAAUAUUAAUAACACUGAAACAGGAAAUCUAAUUCCCAGUAUUGGAAUUUUGGUACUUUUUUCCACAUCCUUAUUCCUUAUUUAGCAACUCUGAUUCAUUUAAAUAUGUUUUCUAUAGAAUUCUAUGUGCCUUUUUACCUUGUGGCCUUUUUAUUAGUAGUAAGGUACGGAAAUGUCAACAGAAGCACUAAUGGUUCUUUUCUACUAUCUAACAGGGUUAAUUUCACCACAAAAUUGCUUUAAAUCUGAAGAACUUAAGUUUCACUAAAUGUUAUAGAUAAUGUUUAUCAUGCAAAUGGUUGAACAACUAAUUAUUGUUGAUGUUUUUCAUUACGAUGAAAAUAAGUUAUAGAUACCAUGUAAAAUCAAUUCUGCAGGCUAUAAAAACAACUAUUGUAAAGAAAGAACAUGUAAACUCUAUUGAGAAAAAUCUUGUCCUGUUAAAACUUAGCUCUAAAUGUUUUGAAUCUGUUGUUACACUAUGACACAUGACUGUUGUUUGCACUAUAAUAUCAUGUCUUCUUUAAAAGUAAAUCUUUUGAGUUUCUGUAAGAAGCUUGUUUGAUAAUGUUGUGAGCUGUGGUUACAGUUUUUAUCAGGACUCUGAACACAAGAUGUAAAAAUGCAAAUACAUUUAUGUAGUGAGUAAAGUUACUCUCUGGUCUCUGAAAAGCCAGGAAAGUGAGAAAAUGAUCUCUUCAGAGAUGACUUAAAGUCGUUGAACAUAAAGAUGUUACCAUAUCUUGCUUUUCUAAUGAUCAGGAAAAAGGGUCCAUUCUGGAUAUCUCUACAUGCCAAUCAGCCAAGCAUAAGGGACAUAAAGGAUUUAACUUUGGCUGUCAUGGUAAAUGGAACUUACAGGCAUAGAUAUGAGGAGCCCUAUGAAGAAUUCCUCUUUAUAUCCUUUUUUUUUUAUAGAAUUGGUGAAUGUUCCUAAACUGCUGAAACAUGUUUUUGUUUAGUUUUUUACAAAGUCAGGUGUCUUAGAGUUCUUUUCCACUCUACCACUACUUAGAGAGCUUGUUUUUUCUUUGGGUGUGUGUUGAUCACGUUACUGAGAUGAAUUACAUGGUUCUGUAGUGUAGUUUACAUAAAAAUAAUGUUUUCCACUUGAUUGCUGCAGAUAUCAAGAGUUUGCUAAUUAUUUUUAAAUACCCAUCCAAUAAAGGAUAUGGGAAGUUUAAAAAGUUAUAUAUGUUAUAUAUAUAUAACUGGAAAAGUUUUAUAUGUUUUCCAAAAGUAUAAUAAGCCUCUUUAUUCAGAGUUCUUCCUCUUUUCUCCCUAUAAAAAAAAAAGAAAAAUAGCACAAAACUUAAGACUUACCUAGGAAACCCAUUCAUACUCCCAACAUGAUGUAAUUAUAACCCUACAAUUACUCCAGGUAGCUAUACAAUAUACCAGGUAAGAUUCAAUGCACAUUAUAAAGAAUUUAUUGUUCUUUUCUAUUCUUCAGUAAAAUAAGGGCCAGUUGGUAUAUAGCCCAUGUAGAUGUGAAUGGAAUAAGAUAAAUCCCAUGAUCGCCUUGCACAGCAUUGCAAAUGUUUUUUGCAAUACCAAGGGGCAGACUCAGAACCCUUGAAGUUCAUUUGACAGAAUUUCCCUCUUACAUAAACCAAUGCUUGAAAAUGCUGCAAAUGACCCUCCAGUGAUCCCUGAAGAUCACAAUAAGGGUAAAUAACUCUCUGCAAACCCCAACCCCUGCUGCUGGCUGUGGGGUUUUUGGUGUAAGCCUCUCUAUCUAUGCACUCUAUCAGCCAGAUUUGGCAUUUAGCUCUUAGUUACAUUUAGCAAAGGACAGUCUAUUGUUUAAAGAGAAGGUGCAUUUGUUCCUCAAUCAAAAGCACCUGUGUUGUACUGCUUUAUAUCUCAUGUAUAUUUAUAGUAAUGAAAAGACUGAAUUGUACACGUUUCAGUGCCUUUCUUAUGUUAUGAAAGGCAGGUAGAUGUUAUAGCCAUAGGUAAAAAUCUGUAGUAAAUCACACACUGACCUUAAAUCUCCCUGUAUAUGCCCUUGUAUCUUGCAUGUUAAAAGUUGGAUUAUUGGGCAUGUGUGGCAGCCUGCCCUGCUACAUGCUAGACAAGUGUGCAUUAGUACAUAGCCACCAGUUCUUCAUUCUUUAAAAUGGUUUGGCAGAUCAUCUCACAAUAAAAAUACUUCAGGAAAACUGUGGGGAAAAGAAUUACAUUUUACACGAGAUGUUUUAAAGUCUUCCUAAGAUUUAGGCAAUAGAGCCUAAGGGUUACUUGGUAUCUGAUACAUUUCAUGUUAAUUUAAAUUAGCAUUACCACCAUAUAUUUAAUUAAUCUAAAUUGUAUAGCAUGUGACUCUUUUGGCUUCAGGGUUCUCAAAAACUUUUAUUCUUUUGUUGCAUGUACUGUAUGUUUAGAGGCAACCAGUUAUAUACUCAAUAUGGUUUUACUGUGCCUUACAUAAAGAGAAACUCUAUACAGAAUGUAUAUCAUGGGGUGAGGUAACAGAGUCUUUACUGCACUGUUAGGUGAUGGCACACAGAGCAUGUCCCAGAACAUUUCUGUGCUUAAUUGCCCAACCAAAGAGAUCUAAAGUAUGUAUGUUGUACUGUAAUGGGGGGUUAUGCCUGGACAAUUAAGUGUUUUAUUUGUUUUCUGAAAUGAUGUGAACUUAUUUUUCUAAACACUAUGCUAAAUAAACUUUAUAUUUAUACAUA